UAAGUCGCAUUUCAUUUUGAUUUAAAAAGCUUUUAAUAUUAUAAAUAAAUAUUUUCGAAAAGCAAACAAACUUUGUCUGUUUUUUUGUUUAUUCUUGUCAUUUUUGAAACAACCCGAGGCUCUAAAGGCGGGUAGUAGCUGAGAAGACAACCUAAAAAAACGCGAAAUCACUGAAACUUUCUUCGAUCAUUUUUAGGUUGUAGAAGAUGGCUGAUGGUGAGGACAUUCAGCCCCUUGUCUGCGAUAAUGGAACGGGAAUGGUUAAGGCUGGAUUUGCUGGGGAUGAUGCUCCAAGGGCGGUGUUUCCUAGCAUUGUUGGUCGCCCACGUCAUACUGGAGUGAUGGUUGGCAUGGGACAGAAAGAUGCAUAUGUUGGGGAUGAGGCUCAAUCUAAGCGUGGUAUUUUAACUCUAAAGUACCCGAUUGAACAUGGCAUUGUCAGCAAUUGGGAUGACAUGGAGAAAAUUUGGCAUCAUACUUUUUACAAUGAACUUCGUGUUGCUCCAGAGGAGCAUCCAGUUCUCCUCACAGAAGCGCCUCUCAACCCAAAGGCCAACCGUGAGAAGAUGACCCAAAUCAUGUUUGAAACCUUCAAUGCACCUGCUAUGUAUGUUGCCAUUCAGGCUGUUCUUUCCCUUUAUGCUAGUGGUCGAACAACUGGUAUUGUGCUUGAUUCUGGAGAUGGUGUUAGCCACACGGUCCCUAUAUACGAGGGAUACGCUCUUCCACAUGCAAUCUUGCGUCUUGAUCUUGCUGGUCGUGACCUCACUGAUGCACUGAUGAAGAUUUUAACCGAACGGGGUUACUCAUUCACCACCACAGCUGAACGGGAAAUUGUGAGGGACAUGAAAGAAAAGUUGGCUUACAUUGCCCUUGACUAUGAACAAGAACUAGAAACUGCUAAGACCAGUUCUGCUGUUGAGAAGAGCUAUGAGUUGCCUGAUGGUCAGGUGAUAACCAUUGGGGCUGAGCGAUUCCGAUGCCCAGAAGUCCUUUUCCAGCCAUCUAUGAUUGGGAUGGAAGCUGCUGGUAUCCAUGAAACAACCUACAACUCCAUAAUGAAGUGUGAUGUUGAUAUCAGAAAGGAUUUGUAUGGCAACAUUGUGCUUAGUGGUGGCACCACCAUGUUCGCCGGUAUUGCUGAUAGAAUGAGCAAAGAGAUCACAGCUUUGGCUCCUAGCAGCAUGAAGAUUAAGGUGGUUGCUCCUCCUGAGAGGAAGUAUAGUGUGUGGAUCGGUGGUUCUAUACUGGCAUCCCUUAGCACUUUCCAACAGAUGUGGAUUGCCAAAGCUGAAUAUGAUGAGUCUGGCCCUUCAAUUGUGCACAGGAAAUGUUUUUGAGCACAAGCAAGGAAAAGAUAGGCUUUAAGUACUGCUCUGUUUUAGGAAGUAAAUGCUUCUCGCAUUUUCAUAUUUUGGUUUCCUCGUCUGUUUUUCUUGUCCUAUCACCUUCGGACAAUAACCUUGAAAGGAUGAGAUGAUUGUUGGAAUAUUUAAAUUUUCCGUUAUCAUUGUUUUUUUUUUUGGUAGUGAGGAACGAUUGCCCAUCAAACUUGUUCCUUGUGUGUUAAUUCUUAUUAUCUGUUUUAUUUUUUAAUCCCUACGUUAUUGCUAGGUCCCACC